CUCCAGCCAAAGGGGGGUAAGUAAGGAGGUCUCUAUACCAUGGCUUGUACAAAGCAGACUGCCCGCAAAUCUACCCGUGGUAAAGCACCCAGGAAGCAAGUGGCUACAAAAGCCGCUCACAAGAGUGAGUCCUCUACUGGAGGGGUGAAGAAACCUCAUCGAUACAGGCCCGGUACUGUGGCACUCCGUGAAAUGAGACGUUAUCAGAAGCCCACUGAACUUCUGAUUUGCAAACUUCCCUUCCAGCGUCUGGUGCGAGAAAUUGCUCAGGACUUUAAAACAGAUGUGCGCUUCCAGAGCGCAGCUAUUGGUGCUUUGCAGGAGGCAAGCGAGGUAUAUCUGGUUGGCCUUUUUUGAAGACACCAACCUUUGUGCUAUCCAUGCCAAACGUGUAACAAUUAUGCAAAAAGACAUCCAGCUAGCACGCCGCGUACGUGGAGAGAG